CAGGCGCUCAUUUAAGAAGUAAAGCUAGAUGGGGUCUCCGAUAAAAAUGAAAGGUGUUCAUUUUCUUCUAGCCUUCACAGUCUUGGCUUUGGCGCUCUCAUAUGCCAGUGCCUAUGACCCUAGCCCACUCCAAGAUUUUUGUGUAGCAAUAGAUGAACCCAAGAAUGCUAUGUUCGUGAAUGGAAAAUUUUGCAAGAAUCCAAAUCUCACUGCACCCAAUGAUUUCUCCUUCUCGGGACUCAACAUUCCCGGAAAUACAAUGAAUCAACAAAUGAAUCAAGUUGGAUCAAAUGUUAACGCUCUUAAAUGUCGACCGGAAUACCCAGGCGGUUUAACACUCUAUGGUGUCUCCCUAGCUCGUAUCGACUAUUGCACAAAUGGUGGUUUACAACCUCACUCAAAUUCACCCCGUGCCACAGAAACCUAUUAGUCCUCGAAGGGCACCUUUUAUGUUGGUUUCCGUGACACAAACCCAAAUCGUUUUAUCAGUAAAAUCUUACGAGGAGAUGUUUUUGUCUUUCCAAUUGGGCCUAAUCACUUUCAGUUCAACAUUGCAAAGACCAAUCGGAGUUGCCAUUGCUGGUAUUUAAACAGCCCAAAUCCUGGUGUUAUCACCAUAGCAAAUGCAACCUCUUGGAUUAAUCCACCUAUCAAUCCUGAUGUUCUCGCUAAAGGCAUUCCAAUUGACAAGAAGCUCGGUCAAAACAAUCUUCAGAAAAAGUUUGCUAGUAGCAAUUAA